AUGAACUCCUUCUUUCUGAAAUCACAUAACAAGACGUCCCUUUUACCCCCCCCCCCCCUUGGACCGUAUGGCGUGUCAAAUAGUAUGUCAUUAAAGUCCUCAAUAUUCACCAAUCCAACAAUUUCUGCAAAGCCAUCUUCAUCCAAUUUCAAUGCUACUAGCGCACGUUCAAGACUGUCAAGCCCUUACAUUAACGGUCUAAAUUCUUCUCCUACUCCAAAGGAUCGUCUGUCUGAUGCAAAACUACGAAAUGAAUCGUUGAAACCUCCCAUCAAGACUACACUGAUGUGGGAUUUAGAAGAGAUUCUGGAAUCAUAUAGAAGAACGGGAGAUCUACCGCCCCCUUUGUCCCCUACAAUACCACAAAUCAAAACCCAUCAAUUUCCAAGCGUAGUUUCCCCGAAGAGGAAAUCGACAAAAGAUCAAAAGAAAGAAUCACAACUGUCCAACAAGCUCAAUUCACCUAUUCCUAUACAUCCCAAGUCCAGUUCGAUUAAGAAAGAUAUAUUCUUCACCGCUGAAAAUGAAAAUGCUUUACACGGUUAUACAUCUUCGCAGCAUGCGUUCGACAACAAAGCAGCUGGAGAAACAAGCCAGUCAGGGAGUCAUAGACAUAAAGUAUCAGAAGAUAUGCCGCUACUGGUGUUGUCUCCUACUUUGCCUACAUCGUUCAGCAAGAUCCAACAUAGCGCACAUUCCAAGUCAGACGGAUUAUCGAGUGACAACUUAGAAUCGAAACACAGGGGCUAUGAAGAAGAGGCUAAAAGGCUGCCUAAUGCUCCCAUAUUCAAGCGCGUAGAGACCAGCGUCGGAGUUUUCAAGUGGAUCAAUAAGAUGCAUGACACUGCGAAACCAAAAUUCCUCGUUCGGGUCAUCAUGAACAAUAAGAUGAAAUUUAAGGAGAGGGUUUCGUCUCCUUCUAAUUUUCCGACUCUUAAUGGUCUCAAAAUAACCACCCAAAAACAAGCUAAUGAGAGGAGCAUUGUUGAAACUAACUUUCGAAAGUUUAAAAGUGAUACAAGUGAGGCAAAAAAUAAUAGGCAGGACAGUAUAGAAACAAAAUUUGACUCGAAGCACCAAAAAAAGCCACUCGAGCUGGCAUUGACGAUGAAUCCUUGUAGUUCAGAUAUUGAAAUGUAUAAGGGCGUUAAGGACAAACAAGAAAAGGAGAUCGAGAAACUUGUCAAACUUGUUGAGGAAAAAGAUAAGUUAUUGAAGGAUAGUUCAAAAAGGUUGAACGCAUUAGAGCGUGAAAUAAAGGUGCAACUCGUAAAGAACGAACCUAGGAGCAGCCAGAAAUGCACAGGUCUUUUUAUCAACGAAACUAUUGGACCAGAGCAGCCUUCCUUGUUGCCUGAACUCAAAUUGACAAAGGCACAAGCUGAGGAUGUGAAGACUAAGCUUACCAAGAAAAAGAAAUACUGGCUUGAUAUAUGUAAAAAUGUUCAAGCAGAUAUUGAAAAAUUGUGGAAAACUUUAGAGUUGACUCGAGGUUCAUUUCCCGAGAAUUGGAAGGCGCCCCAUAUCAAGUUCGAAGAUAUUCAGGUUAUCGUAAUGCAGGUGGAUGUUUGCAUCAUGAAAAUGGUAUCGUUAGACUACGAUGAACGAUCUAAGGUUGUUACCAGCACUCUUCCUAGUGAGCGCUCAUGGAAGGCUUUAGAUAUAGAUGUCGAAGGGCUAAUUACGUAUAUCGAACUUCUACUUGCUCUGGGGGAUAUUCUCACUACGUCAAAAGAGAUUCCACUCGAGGUCGAGUUUUUAAAAACACUAAAAUGUUUGUUGUUCCAGACGCGAGCUUUAAUAGUCAAGAGAAUAAAUUCCAUUUUAUUAAAAGUGGUGGAUACAUACAUCAAGAAGAUGGGUGUAUCAAAUGAUGUGGUGCCUCCAACCCCUACAGCUUCCGACGAUAUUACGUUGAGCAGAAAAAUCAUUCAGUUGCAACAACAAAAUCUCAAAAAUUCCGAAAGCUUGCAACACCAUUUUGUCAACUCGCAACCGGAAUAUCUCAAUUCAAUGCUAGCAUCGACGUUCUCUUGUGUGUGGGAGAGAAGUACCUCAAAUAUACUACAUGCUCAGCAAUCUUACAACUUAGAAGCGUUCGACAAGUCAAUUAAGCCAAGUUUACAAACAUACUAUUUACCGAUGGGGAUUUAUUCUAACCUUAAUGAAGUCAAUUGUGUAUUGUUUAACGUGGUUGUCUAUUUCCUUGAAACUUACAACAAAAUGAACCCAGAUAGAAUUGUCAAUUAUAAACUACACAGUGGUCUGACAUAG